UCGACAAAACAAAAAUAUAUACUUGUGUACUUUCCAGAUUUCUUUACUUCGGUGUUCGGUAGGUUGUCAAAACACCUCUAACCUCGCCGCCGGCCAAACAAAAAAACAAAAAAAAAAAUCAAUGGACGGAGGAGGAGGACCAAAUCAAACGAUUCUCAGUGAUAUAGAACGUAUGCCAGAAGCUCCACGUCAACGUAUCUCUCACCACCGUCGAGCUCGCUCCGAAACUUUCUUCUCCGGCGAAUCAAUCGACGAUCUCCUCUUAUUCGAUCCUUCCGAUAUCGAUUUCUCUUCCCUAGACUUCCUCAACACUCCACCACCACUACAACCACAACCUUCUCCGAUGUCCGUUGAUUCGCCUCCAGAAGAAACCUCAUCCAACGGUGUUCCACCUAAUAACCCUCUUCCUCCGAAACCCUUCGGCCGCCAUGUUCGUAGCUUCUCGGUUGAUUCAGAUUUCUUCGAUGAUUUAAGGGUUACUGAGGAACAGUUUACUGGGAAAUCCCAAGCUACUAGCUCAGGAGAGAAGAAGAAGAAAGGGAAUCAUCAUAACCGGAGUAGUUCUAUGGAUGGAGAGACGAGUUCUGCUUCGUUUAAUAUCGAAUCGAUUUUAGCUUCUGUGAGUGGUAAAGAUGGUGGUGGGAAGAAGAACAUGGGUAUGGGUGGUGAUAGACUUGCUGAGCUUGCUUUGCUUGAUCCUAAAAGAGCUAAAAGGAUUUUAGCGAAUAGACAAUCUGCAGCGAGGUCGAAAGAGAGGAAGAUUAGGUAUACUGGUGAGUUGGAGAGGAAGGUUCAGACGCUUCAGAACGAAGCAACAACAUUGUCUGCUCAAGUCACUAUGUUGCAGAGAGGAACGUCAGAGCUGAACACUGAAAAUAAACAUCUCAAAAUGCGGCUGCAAGCUUUAGAGCAACAAGCUGAACUUAGGGAUGCUUUGAAUGAAGCGCUACGGGAUGAACUGAACCGACUUAAGAUUGCCGCUGGAGAAAUUCCUCAGGGGAACGAAAAUGCAUACAACCGCGGUCAAUUCUCGUCUCAGCAAUCGACAAUGAAUCAGUUUGGGAACAACAAGAACCAGCAGAUGAGCAGUAAUGGGCAGCCAUCGCACCCGAGCUUCAUGGACUUCACCAAGAGAGGCUAAGUUUUAUUUUAAACACGAAAUGUUGGCUUGAGUUUAUACCUUAUAUUCAUUUUGGGCUGCAAUAUUGGAUGUAUGUAAGUAUGUAUGUAUGCAUGUAAUAUGGCUUGUGUUAGCUUGAUUGUACGUCUAUGCAGAUAUGUUCAUGGCGAUAUUGGUCUAUCUUUUAAGAGUCGUAACUACUGUAAUACUCUCCAGAAAUCUUUAUAGUAAGUAAUCACUUCUGCAA